AGAAAACAGACAAGGUUUGCAGCACCAUGUCAGAACUCUUGAGCAAAAAAUCGUGGCGUCUCAAAGACGUCAUCUUCAACGACGGAGCGGAGAGGGUCGUGCGGGUCUUGAAGAUUGAUCACCCAUUUCGGCGACAGCGCAUCACCAUCGUGCCGGCCCCCCGCUACGCAAAGGAGGCGUAUCUGACCGAAUGGGUCUACCAACCCUACGUGAAGGAGCACACCCUGUACGUGAGCAACGACAUCUACAACCCCUUCUACGUCUUUUUCUGCCGAGCGCUUCUGCGUAAAGGCAAGUUUCCCGACUACGCCUACUUCCACCCGAUGGGGCUGCCCGACUGUGUGGAGGUGAACUUGAGUCGCCGGCGCUUUAUCAAAAAGGAGCAGCCCUUCAAGACGCCGAUGAGCACGAUCCUGCUGACCACCAACCGCUUCCGCGACGGCCACCACCCGUGGGUCUCACGGCGGAUCGUGAAGAUUGUCGGGGAGCAGUACGUCGUGCACCCCAAGGAAGAUAAGCAGUCGCUCGUCUUUGUGCUGCCUCCCGCCUACGUCCCUGAAGCGGUGAACGCGCUCCAGGGUCUCGGCUUCACCGUGGCGGACACGGCGACAGCCUCGAUUGGAGAGACAGAGACGAUUAAAAGGCUCGACAGCUGGAGCAACAAAUGCCAGCUACUCGUGCUGGGGUACUUGUGGUUUCUGAUUGCGCUGUUCAUCGUUGGCGAGAGCCGCCACCUCGAUCAGCUUUUUCAAGAUUACAAGCGUGAGCUCGUUGAGAAGGCCGGCAAAGACCCUUCGAAGAUGGGACUGUAG